AUGUGGGCCAUUCGAAGAUACAUCCUCACCGGCAUCCUCCUCUUCGUCUUCAUCUCCCUCUGGCGCAACUACGGCACGAGCAGCCUGCUGCCGUCGAGCCUGCUCGACCAGCUCCAGCUCGACUCGGGCAGCUUCCCCAAGGAUGACUUCUUCUGGCGCAACCUCGAGCCCCAGUUCCCCGUCACGAGCUUCCGGCCUCUGCCGACGGGCACGGCCAAGACGCUGCCGCCCGUGCAGGCCAAGUUCGAGCCCGAGUCGGACCAGGACAAGCAGCUCCGGCUGAGCCGGCGCGGCGUCAUCAAGGAUGCCUUCAGCAAGGCCUGGACCUCGUACCGCAAGCACGCCUGGAUGAGGGACGAGGUCGGGCCCGUGUCAGGUCAGCCCAAAAACUCGCUCAACGGCUGGGGCGCGACGCUCGUCGACGCGCUCGACACACUCUGGAUCAUGGACAUGAAGCCUGAGUUCGAAGAGGCCAUCGCCGCCGUCCACAAGAACAUCUCGUUCGCCUUCUCCAACACGCCCGGCAUCUCCGUCUUCGAGACGACGAUCCGCUACCUCGGCGGCCUCCUCGCCGCCCACGACCUCAGCGGCGACCGGCGCAUGCUCCUCAAGGCACGCGACGUCGGCGACAUGCUCUACAUGUCCUUCGACACGCCCAACCACCUGCCCUCGCUCCGCUGGGAGCUCAAGGAGGCGGCCCAGAAGCAGUCCCAGUCGGCGGCGCAGGUGGCGCUGCUCGCCGAGAUCGGCUCGUUGAGCCUCGAGUUCACGCGGCUCAGCCUGCUCACGGGCGACCCCAAGUACCACGACGCCGUCGACAACAUCGCCCAGCUGCUCCACCGGGCCCAGAUGUACACCAAGGUGCCGGGCCUCUGGCCGGCCUUUAUCAACCCGGCCGACGAGGACUUCGACUCGGGCUCCUUUUACACCCUCGGCGGCAUGUCGGACAGCGCCUACGAGUGCCCGCUGAAGACGGCCGCCCUCCUCGGCCAGGACUCGGGCAAGUGGGUCGAGAUGUACCUCGAGAGCAUGAAGGCCUCGAACGAGUACCUCUUCUUCCGGCCCAUGACGCCCGAAAACGACGACAUCCUCUUCUCGGGCGUCCUGCACGCGAACCGCAACAGCGACGGCACCUCGGUCAUCCUCGUCCCGAGCUCGGGCCACCUCACCUGCUUCCUCGGCGGCGUCCUCGCCCUCGGCAGCAAGCUCCUCAAGGAGGAGUCCCACCUCGCCCUCGCCGAGAAGAUCACCAAGGGCUGCGUCUGGGCCUACUCGGCCCUGCCGUCGGGCGUCAUGCCCGAGGUGCUCGAGCUCACGCGCUGCGCGGACCGAAACAACUGCCCGUGGUCGGAGUCGACGUGGCACGACGCCGUCGCCGCCGCCAACGCCGACCGGGCCGAGGGAAAGCCCGGCUCGGAGCUCGCGCAGCAGUUCAAGCUGCCCAAGGGCAUCUCCAAGAUCAACGACGGCCGGUACGUGCUGCGGCCCGAGGCCAUCGAGAGCGUCUUCGUCAUGUACCGCGUCACGGGCGACAAGAAGUGGCAGGACAUUGCAUGGAAAAUGUGGGAGUCGAUCGACGCCCUCACGAGCACGAGCCGGGGCCACAGCGCCGUGACCAACGUCAACGCCAACCACCAUGAGGGCGAGGCGGCCGACAAGAUCGACGUCAUGGAGAGCUACUGGCUUGGCGAGACGCUCAAGUACUUUUACCUCAUCUUCUCGGAGCCCGAGCUGAUCAACCUCGACGACUGGGUGCUCACAACGGAGGCGCACCCGCUCCGGAGGUUCAAGCAAGGCGACUAG